CUUCUUCACUCGUUUUCCCUGUUGAGCAGGAAAGGCAGACUGCCGUAUCGAUAACCGCGUAAUCGUCUCGACAUUUCUUGUGGCGCUCGCGAUACCAGCCACCCGCAUCUUGAGUCGUGAACUUUCUGCCCUUGCUACAGCUUCCCUCCCCAGGACACCGGACAUCUUUCGACCCUCAGAACACCGCCACCUACACUCAUCUACCCUGUCUCCAAUAUCGCAAUGUACUCUUUCUUCCGCCUUGUCCUUCUAGGGCUUCCGCUGGUCGGCAGUGUCGUCUCUGAACCAGCUGCCUCGCCGACAAAGGAAACGCACCCCAUCUACGCCAAUGCCGAGCAAGCUUUCCAAGACCUGCUCAACGCUCUGCCUGAAGAGUCUCUCCACGUAGCCUUGAACGGACUCACUCGAUUCAAGGAUGGAAUCUUCGAAUCUGGUCGCCAUGGCGUGGAACGUGUGCACAACGAGAAUCCACCGCUUGCCACGAGGCUCAUAGUAGCUGCAGUCCAGGACCUGAAGAAGCGGCAGACCCCGCCGACGAAUGGCACCUCCACCCAGCCCGCUUCCUCGCAGGCCCCAAGUUCGCAGGCCCCGUCGUCAAACCCAUCUCCUGCAAGCUCCCGGGAAUCCGCCGUCAUCGUCCCUGUUCCCAUCACAACGACCAACUCGGCUGGGGAGGCUACAGUAGUUUCCAGCGGAAUCUUGAGUCAGCCAACUGCAUCCGUCGCAGUUCCGGUUACUCGUACUAACGAUCAGGGUUCUACUAUUGUGGCCACCGAGACCAAACCCGCUGUGAUCUUCACGGCGACAGAUUCAGCAGGCUCAGCCUUCGUGACCACGUCUGCUGUUGACUUCGCACCAACGCAGGGACAAGUCCUGACAACCACCAAUGCUGAGGGAAGCACCUUCUUGACGACCUAUACGCCCGGUGGCGGAAAGGUGUCCUCAAUUGUACUGAUCACCACAACGGGUUCUGAUGGCCGACCAAGCGUCAUCACCAGCUACACAUUCGUUGGGCCAGCGCAGGCUACCGGGACAGAUGGCAAGCCGCUUCCCUCAGGAGCCACAAGCGUGAAGCCGGGGCUGCAGUCGGGUGCCGCAGACAGAAAUCGGGCGAUGGAGGCCGCUAUGGUGGGAGGUGCUGUUGGCGGAGCAUUUGCGCUGUGGAUAUAAUACCCAACCAUGGAACUCUGCUCUUCCGAUGGACGAGAUCACAAAUUGCGAAAGAAUGCGUAAUAAAAAAAAA